CCACCAUUCACUGUGGACUGUUGGUGGCACUCGUUAAGCUUAUCCUACCAGGUAGAGGAGUCUGGACGUGAGCCGUCGAUUGUCAUCCUCAAUCUCCGAGAAGGCCAGCCGGAUCAGCCAGAGAUGGACACCCAUUUUACGAUUAACUUCAACACCAUGCGUUUUCAUGAUAAAUUUCAGGACCAUCGUUUCCCGGUACCCCAGGAGAUCCUGUCUGUCCUAGGACAACUUAGAGAAUAUGUGAGGAACAUUGUCCGAAGCAGAUGGGAAGCGAAAGAAGCGCAAAAACGUGAGACAGCCCGUCGCCUUGAGAAAGAGCGAGAAGAACAACGAAAUCGAGUCCAGGCGAGUAAAGUACAUUUUGCAAGUUUGAUCAGUGAAGAUGAUGCGAGUCACUUCUCCGGUGACAGUCUGCAUUGUCCCGUCUGUUCAGCGAGGCAGACAUCGUGCAAUAUGUGCAGAGUCAUCUCAUGCUCCAAUUGUAACUGUGAAGUCUCCUCUGCCAUCCCCGUCAUACAGUGUUCCGAUCAUCCUAACGCGAAGUUCUGUACUUCAUGUUUGGAACGUCCAGGCUCUCUGCCUCGUCUGGGCAAGUGUCCCACAUGCGCACGCUGGUUCUGUUCAAAAGAGCUUCAAUGGUGCAUCGGGCGCCCAGUUUCUAAUGACGGCACCGGACUUUCCUCACCGAAUAUUGAUUUAACCCGAUUACACUCAGCGCGUCCCCUGUCUUGCCAGUCUAUUGCCUGUAUAAAUGAUAGUCGAGAGAGUGGAAAGAAUGGGCGUCGCUGCUGCAAUACUCAUUGUUGGUCUCGGCUGGGCACCACAACGUGUCCUGAUUGCAUCACACAGGAUAGCUUCGCCUGUCCCUGCGGUCGAUACUGGACUUGCGGUGGCUGCAAGUCACAGGCUUCUUCUGCUAGUGGGAUUCUCACAUGCCCCGGGUGCCACCGGCAUUUCUGUUCAUCGUGCUCAUACAUUGCGGCCUGCGAGCUGUGCGGAAAUGUGGAGCCCUGUCGCGACUGCAUCAAGGAUGGAAAGAGCGUAGAAAUGGAGCACACCGUGUAUAUGUGCCAGAGCUGCAGAAGUCUCCUGUGCGAGAAAUGCACUGAUAUUGAGGAGAAAUUUUGCUGGAGAUGUGACCGAAGCGUUUGCAAGCUCUGCGCACACGAAGAUGACAGUGAUUAUCCUGAUAUUGUCUGCAACGAGUGCGGAAGUAUGAGUGAUGAGUAUGACGAUGACGAUAUGGCUUAUGGUGACCUUUAA